GUUUGACGUUACGUCUCUGUCGUCAUCGGCAAGCGACGAGUGAUUCAAGCAGAUAGGACAUGUCAAUAGAGAUAUCGCGUGUUUAAAAGUUUAAAUAGUGUGGUAACGUUUCGAUAAUGAGCUCUCGAUUAUUUUUCUAUGUAUUCAGACCGAGAAUACCCAGAUCACGUGGUACGGGAUGUCUGUCUGUAUUCAAAACACACAGUCCUGCGAGAGGCAAACAUGAGGAGGCACAGAAAGGAGCCCCAAACACCUCCUUACACUUUACUAAUUCAUCACUGGGGUUUGCUGUGUCACAGAACGGAUGCAGAUUGAGUUUCUGCAGGAGCUUCACAACCUCUGCGUGCAGGACCGACGCCAUUGGACAGGUGCAGUCGACGCACUAUCACCUGGUGUACACCUGCAAAGUGUGCUCCACUCGCUCCAUGAAGAAAAUAUCCAAGAUAGCCUAUCACAAGGGUGUUGUCAUAGUAACGUGCCCUGGAUGCAACAACCACCAUGUCAUCGCUGAUAAUCUGAACUGGUUCUCUGACCUGGAGGGGAAAAGAAACAUUGAGGAGAUCCUGGCUGCUAAAGGAGAAUCAGUCCGAAGAGUUCAAGGGAAUGAGGCCCUGGAAAUUGUUGCAGAGGAGUCAAUAAAGGAGGCGUCAAGAAAUGAUCCAGAUGAACAGAAUCCAAAACAUCUGAGCGACGGGUCGGACAAAACAUGACUGACAUUUGUGAAUUGCAUCACUGGACUUUUAUAUCAACUGUCUAAAACUAGCAGUUUUGAGGUCUAGUAAUUACCAAGAGCUCAUUGUAUCAUUUUGUUAUAGUUUUAUAUUUUGUUGUUCUUAUUAUUAAAGGGUUAGUUCACCCAAAAAUGAAAAUAAUGUCAUUUAUUACUCACCCUCAUGUCGUUCUACAGCCGUAAGGCCUUCAUUCAUCUUCAGAACACAAAUUAAGAUAUUUUGAUUAAAUCGGAUGGCUCAGUGAGGCCUGCAUUCAAAGCAGUGACAUUUCCUCUCUCAAGAUCCAUAAAGGUACUAAAAACAUAUUUAAAACAGUUCAUGUGAUUUCAGUGGUUCUACCUUAAUAUUAUAAAGCGACGAGAAUACUUUUUGUGCGCCAAAAAAAAACAAAAUAACGACUUUUCAACAAUACAGUGAUGGGCCGAUUUCAAAACACUGCUUUACGAAUCGAAUCAGUGACUCGGAGCGCCAAACUCACGUGAUUUCAGCAGUUUAGCCGUUUGAUAUUAGAUCCGAAUCACUGAUUCGAUUCGUAAAGCUCCGAAGCAGUGUUUUGAAAUCGGUUCAUCGCUAAAUUGGCCUCACUGAGCCAUCGGAUUUAAUAAAAAAUAUCCUAAUUUGUGUUCCGAAGAUGAAUGAAGGCCUUACGGGUGUAGAACGACAUGAGGGUGAGCAAUAAAUUACAUUAUUUUCAUUUUUGGGUGAACUAACCCUUAGCACUGAAAAACAACCGUCUCAUCACUUUGGAGGUUUUUUAAGUGUUCGACUCCCCCUUGUGGUCACUGCAAUAUUUUCACUCGAAUGUCCCUGUAUAUGUUUAGAUGACUCGCACUAUAUCAGCGAACUUGGACUGGUAAACAUGAAUACAACUAAAUCAAUACUGGUUUUACAA